GAUUGUUGUAACACGCGCUUUCAAGAUGUCGCCGUUCAAGAGAAAACGUGCGGGUGAAGCGCGGCUUAGCAAGGCUGCAAAAAAGGUGAAAUUUUCGGAGAAUGGAACAGAGCUUUCGGCCGUGUCGAACGAAGAGCAGAGGAACGAGUUUAGUGUCCCGGCGCCGCUGUCUAAGGGGAAGUGGAAGAACAAAGAACGGGUGCUUGUGUUCUCCUCCAGGGGCAUCAACUUCCGAACGCGACACCUCAUGCAGGACCUGAGGACCGUCAUGCCGCACAGUAAAGCAGAUACCAAAAUGGAUCGGAAGGAUAAACUUUUUGUCGUAAAUGAAGUGUGUGAAAUAAAAAACUGCAACAAGUGUAUAUUUUUCGAAGCAAAAAAGAAGCAGGAUCUCUACAUGUGGAUUUCAAAUGUUCCUCAUGGUCCUUCAGCUAAGUUUUUGGUUCAGAAUGUUCACACUCUGGCUGAACUCAAGAUGACUGGAAACUGUUUAAAGGGUUCAAGACCACUGCUUUCAUUUGACCCUCAAUUUGACAAGGAGGCCCACUACUCAUUACUGAAGGAGCUCUUCAUCCAGACUUUUUCUACCCCUCAGUAUCAUCCCAAGAGCCAACCUUUUGUGGACCAUGUGUUCACAUUUACAAUAGCAGAUAGCAGGAUAUGGUUCAGGAACUAUCAGAUCGUUGAAGAGGAUGCUUCCCUUGUGGAGAUUGGGCCUCGCUUUGUGCUCAACUUAAUCAAAAUAUUCCAGGGAAGUUUUGGUGGCCCUACACUGUACGAGAACCCCAGCUUUCAGUCACCCAAUAUGCACCGGCGAAUGAUUCGCUUGGCCACAGCUACUAAGGUUCGGGAGAAACAGAUGGUGAGAGAGUUGCAGAGGAUGAAAAAGAAGGAGGAAAAACCGCCAGUUUCCAAAGAUGUAACUGAGGAGGUGUUUGCAACGCCUGCUGAGGAGAAGCCUGAGAUGAUAGAGCUAGAACCCCCACUUCGCAAGGAAGUGAAGAAAAAAAAGGAUUUCAAGAGGAGAAGAAUGCUGAAGCGCAAAAGUCUGUAAAUGACUUUAGAAGUGCAGCUUCCAUAUGGACUGUAAAGUGGAAAUUGGAACCUUUAGCUUGUAGGAGUGCUGUUUGCAUUCUGGCUUCAAUGGCUUCAUUGAAGAUUCUUGAGAUCCAUUGAGAUUCUUUUUCGUUUUCCAGUUGUAGAAAGAAAGUCUUAUUGAUUGUUCAUUGCGGCUGUCAUUUAAAUAGCAGCCAUGCCUAACUUCAUGCUUGUGAAACAGCACCAAGAUUCCCAAACUCUCCAAAUGUCAUUGUUUCACUGAACAGUAUGAGGUGUUUCCUCUUUCAAAAGUCUUUUAAUACAGACCUGU